AUGUACUCGUGGACUCGGUCGAGGUGGAGGUGGAUUCAGUCGAGGUACUCGUGGACUCGGUCGAGGUGGGGGUGGAUUCAGUCGAGGUACUCGUGGACUCGGUCGAGGUGGAGGUGGAUUCAGUCGAGGUACUCGUGGAUUCGGUCGAAGUACUCGUGGACUCAGUCGAGGUACUCGUGGACUCAGUCGAUGUGGAGGCGGAUUCAGUCGAGGUACUCGUGGACUCGGUCGAGGUGGAGGUGGAUUCAGUCGAGGUACUCGUGGACUCGGUCGAUGUGCAGGUGGAUUCAGUCGAGGUACUCGUGGACUCGGUCGAGGUGCAGGUGGAUUCAGUCGAGGUACUGGUGGACUCGGUCGAGGUACUGGUGGACUCGGUCGAGGUGCAGGUGGAUUCAGUCGAGGUGCUCGUGGAUUCGGUCGAGGUACUGGUGGACUCGGUCGAGGUGCAGGUGGAUUCAGUCGAGGUACUCGUGGACUCGGUCGAGGUGCAGGUGGAUUCGUCGAGGUACUCGUGGACUCGGUCGAGGUGCAGGUGGAUUCAGUCGAGGUACUCGUGGACUCGGUCGAGGUGCAGGUGGAUUCAGUCGAGGUACUGGUGGACUCGGUCGAGGUACUCGUGGACUCGGUCGAGGUGCAGGUGGAUUCAGUCGAGGUACUCGUGGACUCGGUCGAGGUGCAGGUGGAUUCAGUCGAGGUACUCGUGGACUCGGUCGAGGUGGAGGUGGAUUCAGUCGAGGUACUCGUGGACUCGGUCGAGGUGGAGGUGGAUUCAGUCGAGGUACUCGUGGACUCGGUCGAGGUACUCGUGGACUCGGUCGAGGUACUCGUGGACUCGGUCGAGGUGGAGGUGGAUUCAGUCGAGGUACUCGUGGACUCGGUCGAGGUACUCGUGGACUCGGUCGAAGUGCAGGUGGAUUCAGUCGAGGUACUCGUGGACUCGGUCGAGGUACUCGUGGACUCGGUCGAUGUGGAGGUGGAUUCAGUCGAGGUACUUGUGGACUCGGUCGAGGUACUCGUGGACUCGGUCGAUGUGGAGGUGGAUUCAGUCGAUGUACUCGUGGACUCGGUCGAGGUGGAGGUGGAUUCAGUCGAGGUACUCGUGGACUCGGUCGAGGUACUCGUGGACUCGGUCGAGGUACUCGUGGACUCGGUCGAGGUGGAGGUGGAUUCAGUCGAGGUACUCGUGGACUCGGUCGAGGUGCAGGUGGAUUCAGUCGAGGUACUCGUGGACUCGGUCGAGGUGGAGGUGGAUUCAGUCGAGGUACUCGUGGACUCGGUCGAGGUGGAGGUGGAUUCAGUCGAGGUACUCGUGGACUCGGUCGAGGUACUCGUGGACUCGGUCGAGGUGGAGGUGGAUUCAGUCGAGGUACUCGUGGACUCGGUCGAGGUGCAGGUGGAUUCAGUCGAGGUACUCGUGGACUCGGUCGAUGUGGAGGUGGAUUCAGUCGAGGUACUCGUGGACUCGGUCGAGGUACUCGUGGACUCGGUCGAGGUGGAGGUGGAUUCAGUCGAGGUACUCGUGGACUCGGUCGAUGUGGAGGUGGAUUCAGUCGAGGUACUCGUGGACUCGGUCGAUGUGGAGGUGGAUUCAGUCGAGGUGGAGGUGGAUUCAGUCGAGGUACUCGUGGACUCGGUCGAGGUGGAGGUGGAUUCAGUCGAGGUACUCGUGGACUCGGUCGAUGUGGAGGUGGAUUCAGUCGAGGUACUCGUGGACUCGGUCGAGGUGGAGGUGGAUUCAGUCGAGGUACUCGUGGAUUCGGUCGAGGUGCAGGUGGAUUCAGUCGAGGUACUCGUGGACUCGGUCGAGGUGCAGGUGGAUUCAGUCGAGGUACUCGUGGACUCGGUCGAGGUGCAGGUGGAUUCAGUCGAGGUACUCGUGGACUCGGUCGAGGUACUCGUGGACUCGGUCGAGGUACUCGUGGACUCGGUCGAGGUGCAGGUGGAUUCAGUCGAGGUACUCGUGGACUCGGUCGAUGUGCAGGUGGACUCGGUGGAGGUACUCGUGGACUCGGUCGAUGUGCAGGUGGAUUCAGUCGAGGUACUCGUGGACUCGGUCGAGGUACUCGUGGACUCGGUCGAGGUGGAGGUGGAUUCAGUCGAGGUACUCGUGGACUCGGUCGAUGUGGAGGUGGAUUCAGUCGAGGUACUCGUGGACUCGGUCGAGGUGGAGGUGGAUUCAGUCGAGGUACUCGUGGACUCGGUCGAUGUGGAGGUGGAUUCAGUCGAGGUACUCGUGGACUCGGUCGAGGUACUCGUGGACUCGGUCGAGGUGGAGGUGGAUUCAGUCGAGGUACUCGUGGACUCGGUCGAGGUGGAGGUGGAUUCAGUCGAGGUACUCGUGGACUCGGUCGAGGUGGAGGUGGAUUCAGUUGA